AUGGGCGCAGCCUGCUACAGGGGCCAGGCUGACACUAUGAGUGAAGCCCUGACUGAUGCGGCGGCUGAUGAAAUAAUUCAGCAGAUCAAGGACAGCUUCGACAAGAAGCAUGAGAUCCCAACAACCAGCAGGCGCAGUGGCGACUGGGUCAUCGUGAAGAGCUGUCGAAACCAAGACAGUCGUGAGGAGGACGACAUGACAGAGUGGUUGUUUUACCUUCCCGGCUGGAAGCCGGGAUCCAAGCCCUGGGAUGCCGUGUCUCUGCGCAAGGAAUGGACCGACAACGACAGCAAAGGCGUGAGACCCACCGGCACGGGCUUGGACUUCUCUGAGGAUGGCAAGUCCGUGAAGGAGGUGGACCGAGGCUUUGGUGCCGUGAUGGCCACCUUCAACCUCGAUGACCUGAAGAAGAGAGUCGCCCUUUUGCUGCGAAACCAUUGGCCGGUGACGGCGGUGGCGGUGACAAGCGAUGCCCUCAUCGUGGCAGGAACGCGAGAUGGCCAACUGAUACUCGCCGGUCCUGGCGAUGAGCUGAGGACUUUAGAAGAAGGGCACAAUCCGGCAGCAGUGACCACACUGCUCCUGAGCCCUGCCACAGACGGCUUGGGAGGUGUCUUGCUGGAGGAGGGAGCGCGCGGCCCUCGUGGCCUCUUCUCUGCGGACAGCGCGGGUCGGCUGCGGCGGACCUGGUUGCCCGAGGAAGGAGGCACCUCGCAUGCCCUCGCGAGCACGCUUUGUGCGGAGCUCGCCUCUGCCAUCCUGGCCUUGGAGCUUUGUCCGAAGACAGGGUCGCGGCUGCUGGUGUCCACGUCGGAGCGAAUUGCCGUCAUCGCCGAUGCACUGGGCGCGGAGGUCGCGCCGGCGCAGUGGGUCGGUUCCAAGCCACACAAGAGCCACCUCACAGCCACCUUCUGCGACCACUUUGGCCCGGAGGCCGACCUCAUCGCUGCUCGACCCGGCGGGCGUCUUUGGGUGGCAUCGGCAGAUAGCGGCACCGUGAGGACAACUCUGAUUUUCCAAAAUCCGGGUGGCGAGGGAAAGGCCGCGCUGGGUUCGCUGCUUCCACUGCGCAGAGACCGUGUGCUCAGUGUCUCCCGGAGCGAUGCCGCGGAGGUGAUUCUCCUGGACCUGGAGGCCAUCGCAAUUAGCUCGCAGUGGUCCACACCACCUGUCGUCGACGCCGUGCCGUGGCCGGGUGGAGCGCUCCUGGCUCAUUCACAGGGCGGCGCCUCCGUGGUGUUGCUCUCUGCUGGGCCUCUGGUGAUCUGCCGUGCGACGAUCGCUGCACAUGGUGCCGAUCUUCUGGGAAGCCUUGGGAAGGUGAACAACCUGCGGGCAUCACUAGAGGCAGUUCCUGCUGGUGAAGUUCUCGAAGGCCUUGCGCCGGUGGUCGCCGCGGUGGCCGCCGAUGUUUCGGAAGGGGGCGAGGAAGCAGAGCGGCACAAAGCUGCGUUCACGCAAUGGGUUUCAGACUUGGAGGAUCGACAGCUCGAGGCGGAACGCGAAGCAUCGCGAGCAGCAGGCAAGCCAUGGGCAGGCGUACGCCUUGUGGACGCCUCCCUGUCCAACUUCCCUGUGGCCGCCUGGGACGUCCUCGAGGAGGAGUGCGGCGGAGACGAGGCACAUCAGCGCGGCCAAGACAUCGAAGGACUUCUCUCUCCGAGUCUAUGGCUGCAGUCCCUGGAGCUGAUCGCCUGCCACGCCAAGGAGACCGGCGUCGCGCCCUGCCUUGGUGCUUUCGAGCCGGCCUUUCUGCGGCCUAUGGUUCAGGCCCUGGAAACUCCGGGACACCUCGCCGUAUGUCAACACGGUGCACCCCUGCUGCCGUGGCUGGCCGAGAGGCUGGAGGCCGAGGCCACGGACCUCGGCUCAAGUGCAGCGCUGGCUUUGGAGCUCCUCGUGGCCGGCGAGGAUUGGCCUUCGAUCGGACUUUCCCCUUCAGCUGGCGGCGAGCCGGAGGUAUGGGAAAGGGAGCGUCUCGCGGCACACCUUCGCAAUGCAGUUCCUGGUUCAGCCUUGCCUGCUUCAGCGGCACUGGCACUGUGCCGCUUUUGCCUGGCCAAGGAUGACCUGCUGGCUGCUGAACGAUGCCACUUCUGGGCCAAUGGCCUGGUCACAUCCAGUUCUCCUGGCUGGCGAGAGGUGGCUGCCUUCGCCCGAAAUUUGGGUCCCGCAGCACCGGUGCAGCCUGCAAGUGCCGCCACAUGGCGCGAGGCAGUUCUGGCAGCCCUGGCCGCGGACCGCUGCUGGCCUUUGCAAGCGCUGCUUGCACAAGGGUUGGCAUCAGAUGGUGGGCAGGUAGCUGCACCAGGAGAUGUUUUCGAGGCCGCCUUGACUGCCUUCCCGAAGGUGCUGCCAUGGAACAUCGUCGACUGGAUGUCCUGGGCCUUCGAGCAUCCUGGUCGAAAGCCCAAGGUUCUUGGUCUCUCACUUCCCAUAGAGAAAAGGAGCAGCACAGGUCCACGCCUCAUGGGCUUCGACAGCGUCGAGCGUGGCAUCCUCAGCUGCUCCAAGACACGCCCCCUGCUGUUAGUUGGUGAGGACGCGCUGGUGCAGGAACUCCUCCAGUACGUGAUGAAGCUUCUUCCAACCUGUGAGCGCAACACUGGCUUCGCCGAGCUGCUCAAGGCAGCCUUGGCUCUCGCGCUGCACCGCCGCCCUGCUGAGUGGCUGCAGCCGCCGCCACUGCGAGCUGGUCGAUGCCUGCUGGCAGACGCCCUGAUCCGCCGCUUUAGCGCCAAGCACCUGGAACUGUGCCAGAGACUCUGCGACGACUUGCGGUACCCCCUGGGUCUGAUGCAGCUUCUGCUUGGGGGCGAAGAGCCGUGCUGCGAUGAUUCAUCGGACACUUUGGGUCAGAUCAGCGCGCUGCUCGCCCGCAGCCGAGCCAUGCAAGACCAGACGGUGGAAGUUUCGGAGUCCCGAUUCCGGGAGGUGGCGUCGGCAGUGCUGCGUUCCGCAGCUGUGCGGACGGCGGAGGAGGCUUCGGAGCCGCCAGGCCCAGCGGCGCCAGUGAAGGCCCCAACCCCUCGAUGCGCUAUCUGCGACACACCGGGCUGCGAAGUGGCGAUUGUCCGAGGUGCUUCUCGGCCUGUCGUCCGGAAAGACGGGCGCAUCAAUGCCUGGCAUGACGUGGCUCUUGCCCUGCACCGGCUUUCCCAGCCACGGUUGAGCGGCCCUGAUGAGCAUCGCUGGCAGUUUGUGAUGGAGGCAGCCAGCAAGGCACCCCCUGGCUUGCUUGCUGCACUGGCUGCACUCGUGCCUGGCCGCAGCGCGACGGAGGCAUGCUUGCGCAGCAUCGAGGAUGAGAACUUCUCAGGCUCAGGACUGCUUUCGGACGGGACCUCGGCAGCUGCUGCAGCCGAAGCACAAUGGCAGACGGCGUUUGCUGGAAAUUGGCUGCAGCUGCCUCCGGAGCAGAAGAGUCCCUUGCCGCCUCGGCCUCGUCCGCAGCCGCCCCCUCGCAAGCAGCCAGAUGUGCCGGAGGGCCUGCGCAAAGCAGGAUCUGGAGUGCAACUCUGGAUCUCCGAGGAUGGCCUGCAGGCCCGGCAUUUGGACGACACCGGUGAAGAGAUGCAUGGUGUCCUGAUCGGGACGAGACCGCUGGCGCUUGGCCGAGCCGGGGCUUACUUUGAGGUCGCUUUGGAAGAGGUGAGGCCGGGCGAAAGCCCCGACGGCCUCACUGUGGGCGUCACAACCACACCACCGGAUGACGUUGCCGCGGUGCCGCAGACGGCGGAGCACAUCGCCGACACGUGGAGUGUGGGCUACGACGGGCAGAUGUGGGACUGCAAGAGUGCCAGCCUCAAGCAGGUGGGCUGGGAUCCGCGAUCUCUAGCAGAAGGUGACAUCAUCGGCGUUCUAAUCACGGCAAGGGAGGGCGAGCUCAUCGUUUUCCGGAAUGGUACGGCCGUGUGUGCGGGACCUCGAUCCAUUCCCGUGGACGCAGAGCUUUACGCGGUGGUGGACCUGCUCGGUGCCGCCAGGGCGGUGCGCUGGGUCCGCGACGCCCAGGCUCCAGGCCAGUGA